AUGUUCAAUUUUAGAUCCAAAGAUCAGAACACACCUACCAAGAAACCCAACGCUGCCACAGAAGAAAACUUGAGUGAUACAGAGACCAACAACGAUAACAACAUGUCAGAGAAACAACAAGAAAGAAAAGUCCAAAGACAACAGAACGGCAAUAAGCCACCCAACUACGAUAGUGGCGAUAGUGAAAGGGAAGGUUCCGAUUCUGAAGCUGAAGAAGAAAAUGAUGGACCUUUGGAUGGAUUACAGCAAGCUGGAGAAGCAGGACAGGAAGUUGCAGACACAGCCAACGAAGUAACGGACCAAGCUACCGAUACCGUUCAGGGAGUUACCAAGACUGCCGAUCAAGCUACCAGCGCCAUCAAGGAUGUCGCUCUAAAUCCCCUCGGAGGUAAGAAGAGAAAACAGCUCAGUCAGACUAUCGGCGAAGAGAACCUUAAGAACGUAGGUAAGAAGAACGGUAAAGAUGAUGAUGAAGGUGGGAGUUUGAGGAUUAGGAUUCAGUUGGAUUUGGAUGUGGAAGUUCAUCUUUCGGCGAGGAUCAAGGGUGAUAUCACCAUUGGAUUGCUCUAG